UCGGGAGCAUUCUCAGGUUUCCAUUUACCUUGAGGCUGAUUGGAGGCUGGCGGAAGGAGGGGUGUGUGCAGAGCCACCGGCAGCAUCAGUCCCGGCCUUAUAAAUCUGCAGCACCCACCACCCUUUUUACCGGUUCCUUCUGCUUCAUUUGCUCUACUACCUUGGAAACAAAGAACAGACAGAGACAGGAGAAGGAGAAGAUGGGACAGGUUGUCUACCUUGGCCUCUGCCUCCUGGGCUGCCUGAUCUUUAACCCUCGGGUGGAAGGGGCAGACGAUGACACGGUGACAGCUAAGUCUCCAUGCCCGGAAGGGGCUCUUUUGUUUAGAAGAAACUGCUAUGAGGUUUUCUCAAAUGCCCUUCCCUGGCGCUCAGCAGAGAAAGAAUGCCAGACGUUGGAAGAAGGAGCUCACCUGGUUUCCAUUCAGGAUAUUCAAGAACUUAGAUUUCUUUCUUCUUACCUCAGACGUCAAAAUGCUGGCUACAAUGUCUGGAUUGGUUUGCAUGAUCCAGUCUCCUAUAGGGGACAGAACUGGGCAUGGAGCAGUGGAACCCCAUAUGAUCCAAGUGCCUCCUUCUGGAAUGGGUGGAGGCCCUCCAGCUAUUCUUCUCUGUGUGUUGCCAUCUCCCCAUCAGGUUCUUCCCGGUGGAUCCAGCGUGAUUGUUCUAAUCCAUUUCCAUAUGUGUGCAAGUACAGGCCUUUCUACUAGACCUGCAGAGGACGUCCAAGGUGCAAACGGCCUCAGGAGUGUCAGACAUGGACCCAAUUCUUGGAUGCCUCAGGCUGUUUCUUGCCUGAGAUUAACCUCAAAAUCUUUCCAAAUAGUUGCUUUGUUAAUUUGCAUGAAAUCUGCCUCCAUCCAAUCGGAGGGCACCGUGCUCUUGAUUUGUGUUUGCCUAGCGCAGAUAUCAAGAGAGCUUUUCCAGUAUCAGUCCAGUAUGGGCCUUUAAUGUUUCUAACAGCAUCAAAUAAGUACACCCCACCUGGCCCACCAAAGAACCUUCUCCGGAAGUAUUUUCCUCCAGGCUGAGCUGAAGGGAGCGUUGCCUGGAAGAUGGUUUAGUUCUGUAAAGGAAAUGUGAAGGUAAUAGCAGGGAGGAGAGAAUCUAAUAAUACACCCUCUUGCGACAUCUACAGCCAUUUUGAAAAGUUCUGUGCUGAUUUCUUUGGUGUUUCUUGACCAUCAGGCCCCCCUCUGCCCUCUUUGAUGCUUUUGGCUUUCGAAAUUAUAAUAAAUUCUCUGCUAAGCAAAGAA